UCAAUAGGUUAAUAUUUAUGUUCCUAGGACGGUGACAAGUUCUGGAAGAUGCCAGAGUGUUACAUCAGAGGGAGCACAAUCAAGUACCUGCGGAUCCCUGAUGAGGUGAUUGACAUGGUGAAGGAAGACAUUGUACUCAAAUCUAGAGGAAGAGGAGAAAUGAAGGGGAGGGGAGGGGGUCAAAGAGGAGGCCGAGGUGGUGGCAGAGGGUCUUUCGGUGGGAGAGGUGGUCGGCCAGGAGGUCCUUUAGGAAGGGGAGGAACUGGUAGGAACCCUCCCAACAAGAAUAAGGGGAAAUAAGUCAACAGUACAUAAUAUUUAAACAAUCAUGUACAUAGUAAUUUAAGUUAAGAAAUACAAAAUAAUUUAAGAUUAGGAUUAACAAUGUUUUGUUGUAUUCCAUUUAUUUUUUGAAAAUUAAAUUAAAUUAAUUGUUUCAUAUGAAAGUGAUAAUGUUUAUGUUUUCUUGUUUAGUAUUAUCGUAAUAAUAAAACUCAAUAUACUAUUCUUUGGUAAAAACUGC